ACGGCCGUCUCCACAUAGCUUGCGUAGGGGUCUGGAAUGGUUAGCUGCCAUGUCCCAUGUGCUUUGUCUUGUGACUGCAAACUACAAAAGUUUACUCCAAAUUUGUCAUAUUAAAUACCCCACUUCUCUUAUCCCACUUCACUCUUCCCCUUAAAUUCUUUCACUACCUUCAUCUUAAUUCUCACACAAUUGCAACAAUUCUUUCAAUUUUCAUCAAGUGCCAAAAAUGGGUUCCACGGAAUCAGGCCCCCCAAUACCCGGCAACCCAAAAAGUUCUUCGCUUUUCAGGUACAAUUCACCGUUUGUUCAGAUCAUUCUUAUUGGGUUGGUCUGUUUUUGUUGCCCUGGCAUGUUCAACGCCCUCUCUGGAAUGGGGGGUGGUGGUCAACUCAACUCCACUGCUUCCAACAACGCUCUCACUGCCCUUUACACAACCUUUGCAAUUUUCGGGAUCCUCGGUGGUGGAAUCUACAACAUCCUCGGACCCCACCUUACCCUCUUCGCAGGUUGCUCCACCUAUGUUCUUUAUGCUGGUUCCUUCCUUUACUACAACCAUUACCAACACCAAGCCUUUGCAAUUAUUGCUGGUGCCAUUCUUGGAAUUGGUGCAGGGCUUUUGUGGGCUGCGCAGGGUGCGAUUAUGACCUCUUACCCUCCAGAAAAUCGCAAAGGCACUUACAUUUCCAUUUUCUGGAGCAUCUUCAACAUGGGUGGUGUUAUUGGUGGUUUAAUUCCUUUUAUUUUGAAUUACCAUCGUGAUACUGACGCUGCCACUGUUAAUGAUGGAACCUACAUAGGAUUUAUGGUUUUUAUGUCUAUUGGGACUGUUUUGUCCUUGACUAUUUUGCCAGCUAGCAAGGUUGUUCGUAAUGAUGGCACUAGGUGCACCAACAUGUUGUACUCUAGUGUGGCAAUUGAAUUGGUGGAGAUUCUGAAGCUGUUCUGCAAUUGGAAGAUGCUUCUCAUCAUUCCUGCUGCUUGGUCUAGCAAUUUCUUCUACACUUACCAGUUCAAUCAUGUUAACAAGAUACAGUUCACUUUGAGGACUAGAGGGUUGAACAACGUGUUUUAUUGGGGGGCACAGAUGCUGGGUUCGGUUGGGAUUGGUUAUGUGAUGGAUUUCAGUUUUAAGAGCCGAAGGAAGAGAGGGAUUGUGGGAGUUGCUGUGGUUGCUCUUCUUGCAUCUGCUAUAUGGGGUGGUGCGCUUGCAAAUCAGAUUAAACGCCACGCUGAGACAUUGGACUUUAAGGACUCAGGUUCUCGCUAUGCUGGGCCAUUUGUUUUGUAUUUUAGUUUUGGGUUGCUGGAUGCUAUGUUCCAGAGCAUGGUCUAUUGGGUUAUAGGAGCCCUGGCUAACGAUUCUGAGAUUCUUAGCAGGUACGCUGGAUUCUAUAAAGGGAUACAAAGUGCAGGGGCAGCAGUGGCUUGGCAAAUUGAUAACCAAAAUGUGUCAUCUAUGUCUCAGUUGAUUGUGAAUUGGGUGCUCACAACUCUUAGCUAUCCGUUAUUGUUGGUUCUGGUUGUGUUGGCUGUGAAAGAGGACAAUAAGACAGAUGAGGAACCAGUCAAACAGGUUGCUCCUUCAUCAGCUGAAAAUGGCUUUGCCCAUUGACUACAAUAUCCAGAUGCUGAAACAACCUACAGCCUCUUUUGUCUAAUUUCUGUUGUCCCUUGCUUUUCAUCGUUACCCAAUCAAAUAUAAAACUUCAAAACAUUAGAAGUUCUAUUUGUAGUGUUAAUGCAAUUUAUAUUACCGUUAAAAUUUAUAGGUGU